AUGGCCGAAAUUCCACGCCCGGACAUCUCCCCUACAGACUUCCAGGUGGGAGACGAGGUCUUGGACUAUGGGUUUGACAACCCGGACGAGAUCGAAGUUCCGGUUGUACGUAUGCCGGGGGCGGCCCUCAUCCUGGUGGGAGACCAGCAGGAGCUUCGUACCCCUGACGCGCCCAUCAGGCAUGUCGGGGAGGUCGCAGAACCCACUCUUCCCACCUGGGGGGGGCCCGUCGGUUGCGCCCCGAUGCCCCGGUCUUCCAAAUUGCCCGGUUUGGACUCGGCCCUGCACAACUUCUUCGUGGCGGGGGGCGACACGUGGCAGGGGCCUCGCACGGGACAGCCCACCUGCGGCGCCUUCGACCCCGCUGCACCCCUUGGUGUGGGCCCAG